CGCAUGCUUUCACAUGCACAUACACUAUGGUUUAUACUCCAAACAAAGAGGAGGAGCAGGUGAAACAAAAACAGGUGGUACUGAAAAUAAAGACUUCUGCCGCUGAGCAACAUUCGCACACCAUUUGCACCAUUUGCUCAGAGUUGAAGAUGGGACAUUUCACACUGCUAGCAGUGAUAGCAGUACUCUUCAGUCUCUUCGCUGAAACUGAAGCAGGUUCAUUUGUUUAUAACUAUGAAAGGCUUCGAAUUGCGGGUCUGAUCUGUUCAGGCUUUUUAUUCUUCGGAGGACUUGCGGUUAUACUGUACAACAAGUGCUCCAGAGGCUCCAAGAAAGACAAAGAUGACAGCAGUGAAAUCUGAUAUGGAACCUGCCAAACUGGUUUUCUUGUGGGACAAGAACCGACAGAAGAGGGAUUGGAGGAAACGCGCCACCUCAGGUUGAUCCGCAAAUUUCAGGGUGGGGGAAAA